AUGGUGCUGCUGCGAGUGAUCAAGUAUCUAGUGGGCUGCGUGGUGCGGGCCUGCCAUGAGUUGUCCCAGAACAUGAGUUCGCUGAACAAAAUGUUCAAAUACCAUUUGCUGGAGGUCAGCUAGAGAGAGCCCAGGAAGCUGAG